UUUCCCCCAACCAACCGUUGACCUCCAUCCGACCGCAUCUGAACCUCCUUAACUGCACAAAUUUCCCGCCGCGUAACUCCGAUUACAUCUGCACACACCUACUUUUCGGAUCUAAUCCAGCACAAGUACAGCAGAAUUCUCAAUCGUAACCGAAUCGGUCGACUACAUACCAGCAUGAGUACCAACGUCGAGACCGAAGUGCAAGCUAUUUCCACGCCCGGCGCCGUGACGCUUCCAGCCACGGAAUACCAUGGCCCAGCAAAGAUCUACGUCAAAGGCGCCCACAUUGUUGACGGCAGCGAAUCGGAGGAGACGCUACGGACGACCGGCCCAGUCCCGCGGGACAUCCGGCUCCCCCACCACCAGUCCUCGUUCUCCCACAUGGCCAUCGACAUUGGCGGCUCGUUGGCGAAACUGGUAUACUUCACGCGCGACCCACACGGGAAGGGGGGCCGGUUGAACUUCAAGAGCUUCGAGACGGAGAAGAUCGAUGAGUUGAUUGCGUUCAUGGGUGCGCUCAUACGGAGUUCGGAGUGGGCGCGCCCUCCGGGGAAGGAGAAAAUACAGAUUAUGGCGACUGGAGGGGGAGCGUACAAGUACGCCGAGAGGAUACAGAAUGCCAUCGGUGUGGAGAUUCGGCGCGAGGAUGAGAUGGAAUGUCUGAUCGGAGGGCUCGAUUUCUUCUCGCGCGAGAUUCCGAGAGAGGUGUUUAGCUAUACCGAAGAUAAUCCGAUGCACUUCUCCGAGUCGAAGCCCGACGCAUACCCGUACAUGCUAGUGAACAUUGGUUCGGGAGUGAGCAUCCUCAUGGUUACGGGUCCGGAUGAGUUCAAGAGAGUGGGAGGUUCUUCGCUCGGCGGUGGAACGCUGUGGGGACUCCUCAGCAAGAUGACAGAUGCGAAGACAUUUGACGAAAUGCUGGCGCUCGCUCAGCGGGGGGACAAUACGAAGGUCGAUAUGCUGGUCGAGGACAUCUACGGUGGAGGUUACGAUAAGAUUGGGUUAAAGCCUACGACCAUCGCCAGCAGCUUCGGGAAAGUCUUCAAGAUGCAAUCAAGAGCUAAUAAGUACGCUGCUGCCAGUGCCAACGAUGUUUCCUCCGCUAGUUCCGAUUGUGCUUCGUGUGCGGCCAAGCGCGCCGAGUCUCCAGUCGGCAACCCCUCGCACUCAACCACCAAUGGCGUCUCGGAUGCUAUUCCCGCCGAAGAUCAGUCGAAGGCCGGGGCCGCAACAGUCAAUGGCGGGGACGAGAAAUCACGCUUCGGUCCAGAGGAUAUUAGCAGGAGCCUACUUUACGCAAUUAGCAACAAUAUCGGCCAGCUCGCGUACCUCCACGCCCAGAUCAACCAUAUGAAGCACAUCUACUUCGGAGGAAGCUUCAUUCGAGGACACCACGAAACGAUGCACACCCUCACAUACGCGAUUCGAUUCUGGUCGCAGGGUGAGAAGAAGGCUUAUUUCCUGCGGCACGAAGGAUACCUCGGUGCAGUGGGUGCGUUCUUGCGUCACCCACCACUGAGCGAAUAUGAGGAAGACCGCCCCUCCUCAUCCUCGUAGAGGGGUGUCGACUCUGGACUGCUUUUGUGGGCGAUCUCUUCACGGCGUUUCUGGAUGAUACGUGGUAUUAAUUCCUACAAGUCGGAUUUUUUUCUCGUUCCUAGUAGCAUUGGGGUAG